AAAGAGAAAAAGAUUGAGUCAUCCAUGCUAACAUUCUUUGUAUAGGAGAUGAACUAAGAUUUUUGGGAGUAGACCUAAACUACUGAAUUAGAUGUAUUGAUAUAUAUUAAUUUAAGUCAUAAGAAUUUCUGAUUGAACAUGAAUUUGUUAGAGAGGCUAAGAAGGAAGUAAAAGUGAAACACACAUUGCUUGUAAUGGGAGAGGAGUAUUUGUAUAAGAUCUCUCCAAAAUAAAAUUUAAAGCGAGUUCCUUUAAAUAUUCUGCAUUUUGACACAAUUCCAAAAUUACCAGAAGAUCAUAUUUUGCAACUCAAUUCUGAAAAUUAAUUAUAAGGAUUCAAAUUAACUUAUGCAAGUAAGAUACUUCAAGUAUUCACUUCAAAUUCUGUUGUUUUUUUGUAAUGGCAAGCUAUUUUAAAACGAAAAUGUCUGCUUUCUUCGUUCCAUGAAAAAUAUCAUGUUGAGAAAAUGAUUGGCAAAGGCAGUUUCGCCAAAGUUUAUUUGGCUACUUCAAAUGGAUAGUCAUAUGCUAUAAAAGCAUUUAGCAAGCAAUUCAUUAAUGAAUAACUGAAGGUACACUCUGAUUUUUAAAGUAGGGCAAAGAAAGUCUACUUAACGAAAUGCAAGUUAUGAGAGCCAUCAAACAUCCUAAUAUUGUAUAAUUAUUAGAAGUGCAUGAAACUUAGAAUUCAAUCUAUUUUGUUUUGGAAUUAGUUGUUGGAGGGGAAUUGCUCUAAAGAGUAAAAGAGAAAGGUAAUUUAUAGUGAUUAUUCUCAGGAUUAUUGAAAUCUGAUGAUCUGAUUAAAAUUGCAUUUAAUUUACUUAGUGCUUUGGAUCAUUUGCACUAAAAGAAAAUAUUCCAUAGAGAUUUGAAACCUGAAAAUUUACUAUUAAAAUCUAAAGAGGAUAACUACAAUAUUAUGAUCGCAGACUUUGGUUUGGCAGCCUUCUCUGAUUAGGAGUUAAUAUUCAAAAGAUGUGGAACUCCAGGUUUUGUUGCUCCAGAAAUCUUACUCUAUAUUGAUGGAGGACCAAUUUAUGAUACUAAAUGCGAUAUUUUCAGUGCUGGUGUCAUCUUGUACAUAUUAAUUGUAUUAUCUAUCAAACUUAUGAUUAGACUGGUAAAUAACCAUUCCCUGGAUAAGAUCAAAAAGCCAUUUUAAAGGCUAAUAAAGCUUGCUAAAUCGAUUUUGGGUUGCCUGCCUUUUUAAAGACUCCAAUUGAAUUUUAAGAUUUAGUAAAAAAGAUGUUGUCUAAUAAGAUCAGUGAUCGACCUACUGCAUAAGAUGUAAGUAUUGUUAUGUAUUCUAUCAAGUGCUUAAAACAUAAACUAUUUGCUAAAAUAUCUUAAUAAUUAAAGCAAGAUUAACAAGAAUUAGAGGAAUAACAAUAGUAGGUUUUGAAUAAUCUGGCCAGUUAUGACUUGGAAUAUACAAUUGGUUUAAAGAACAAUACUCAAAAGUAAAAUAUAAUUGAAUUAGUUCGGAGGAUUUAGUAGGAUCUCAGUAAUUGCAAUGGCGAAAACCAGCAUAUAAUGGUAAUGUUUAGACUGUGGAAACCUUAACAAACUGUUCUACCGUUUCCAUCAAAUAAAUUGAUGCCUAAUCUACAUCUUAGUCCUAAUAGCAAAAAUAACCUUAAUAAUCUAAAUUCAGUAUUUUCAGUGCUAAAUUAUCAAGAUAAAAUAGUUUUGAUGGGGGAACUGGUAUUUAAUAUACAUUUAUGAAGAUAUGUUCAAAGAUUGUGCAUCUCCUGGUAGAAGUAAGAUUUCAAAAGAGAAAGAUUUGCAUAAGAUUGCAUUGAAGAACUCUUUUCGAUUUUGCUAAAAACCAUAAUUGUAAGUGGAAGACAAUCAAAUCAACCAAGAGCAAUCAGAGGUAAGUGAAUUGAUUAAAAGACAUAAUUCUAGUGAAUUGAUAAAAAUGAAUCGUACUGAUCAUGAAAUUUAAUCUCCUAAAAAAGUCGAAUGA